AUGGACGAAGAAACAAGACGCAAUGAGCUAUCCGUUCUAUAUAACGAAUACAAGGAUUACUUUCUGGUAUGCGAACUAAAGUUGAAUCUGCCCAGUCUAGCCUCAAAUUCAACAACAAUAACGGGUGACGAUUACUACUCAAAAUCAGCAUCGAGGAGAGGCAAAAGAAAUAUUGAAAGUCAUAUACAUCUAAAGACCAAAGAGGGAGAAACAAUUAGAGUAUCAGUAGAUACAUCCGGGUGGUACGAAACCCCAGAAGAAGAUGCAUUAGAAAUAGUCAAGCAUUAUGAAACGUUUGAAUCGUUGAUGAUGCAACGAUCUCGAAGUUUCCAAAAUAUGUUCGGAAAUACACUAUCUGAUAGAUUACACAACUUAAUAAGCGAAAAGAUGCAUUCAGAACAAGCAUAA